CUGUGACGUAAACAGCAGGGGGUAUGAGAUUUUUAGGGUUCGACAAAGAUUGUCGAGACUGUUUCACUGGUGUUGCAAUUGCGUUUGCAACUUUAGGCAUAUUUUGGGCCUGUUUGAUUAGCAUAUAUGAUUUAGCCGCUGUACACGACGCAUAUUUUAUUUCCAGCAUGGCUACUGAACGUGAACAAAACUUAGAGAAGUUCAAAAAAGAGGACCAUUCUGCAUUUGUUGUCGGGUACACUGGAGAAACUGGCAAGGAAAUAGUGAAGGAGUUGAAUCAGUCAAAACCAUUCAAGAGGGUGGUCCUCAUUGGCAGAAGACAGACAAACAUAACUGAGAAAUUGGGAGGAGAAUUUGAGGAGAGAGUGGUGGAUUUUAACAAUCUGGAUGACUAUAAGGAUGCUUUUGAGGGGUGUGAUGUUGGUUUUAAUGCUCUGGGAACGACAAGAGGAAAAAGUGGAGUUGAAGGCUUUGUAAAAGUUGAUAAUGACUAUGUGCUGAAGACUGCAGAGAUUGCCAAAGCUAGCGGAUGUAAACAUUUCAUACAUUCAUCCUCCCAGGGCACUGAUAAAAACAGUUCCUUUCUUUAUCCAAGAAUAAAGGGUCAGGUUGAAGAAAGUUUAAAAGUGUUACAUUUUGAGAGACUGUCAAUUUUCAGACCAGGGAUAUUGAUAUGUGAUAGAGAGGAAAGCAGACCUGGAGAAACUGUCCUGCGUACUUUUCUGAAACCCAUUUUUUACUUUUUCCCAACUGCAAUAUCUACCCCCACAGAGGUGGUUGCGCGAGCAAUGGUGAACAAUGCAAUCAGUGCCCCAUCAGAGAACAAAACAGAAUUAUUUGAAAACAAAGCAAUUCAUAUGUUAGCAGGCAACUUAAAACCAAAACCCAGUGAGAUGGUGAAACCAAAAAAGAAGACCGAGAGCGAAGAUAAUCAGGAACUAUAACUCUGUCAAGAGGUCUUCUCCUCCCCUAAGACUGAGGAUAAAUCAGGAACUGUAACUCUGUCUUGCUUCAAGUGUACUGCUGUGUUGGACAAAGUAUGCAGAAGUGAUUUCCAAGAUUUUAAAAAAAGAAAUACCUCCUUUUUUUAUUUUUCACCUAAAAAAAUGUUAUGUUCUGACCUUGAAGUUUUAUGUGUGUUUGUUAACACUGUUAACUUAUUAAUUGAUGCAUAUACAAAUGUGUACACUUCAUUAAGAAUCUAUAAAGGGUGGAUAUAAUAGAAAAACAGGUAUUAUGGAAUGUUUUAUGUUGAUUUUUAUAUUUUAUUAUGAUAUAAUUAGCUUAUGACACAAUGUAUGCCUUAUCCAGUUGCCUAAUACUUUUAUUUAA